GGAAUUUGCAUUUUUGUUUUUUAGUAGCCAUGCAUUUUCCAACAUAAAAUUAUAAGGUUCUGAAUAACAACGAACAGUACAGUACAGGAAUUGAAAUCUGGCAAUUUGGCAGUAUGCUGGAGUGAUCACUCGUUCCUAGCUUGAAGCAAGGAGUAAGCUAAGGAUGAUAAUCUUUGUUGGGCUAAUCUUUAGCCACGUUGCAAAGAAAGGGAUAAAAUGGGAAUAUUCUCAAAACAUGAAACAUAUAUCUAUCUCUAUAUCCUGGAUUCCUGGUUCAUGUUUUUGAUAUAUCUUCAUCGUGCAUUAUCCGGCCUCUUCCCUGUCCCCAAGAAAUCAUGUCUGCCUUCAUAGGAAAAUAUGCAGUUAUUGGAGUUGCAUGCAUGCAGAUGAGCUUAUCAAGACAGCCAAGUAUAUUGCCACUCCGGGGAAGGGUAUAUUGGCCGCCGACGAGAGCACCGGCACAAUUGGCAAGCGUCUAGCCAGCAUUAACGUGGAGAACGUGGAGUCAAACCGUCAGGCUCUCCGGGAGCUUCUCUUCACCUCCCCCAACGCCCUCUCCUACCUCUCCGGCGUCAUCCUCUUCGAAGAAACCCUCUACCAGAAAACCUCCGACGGCAAGCCGUUCGUGAAACUCCUCGAGGAAAACGAUGUCGUUCCGGGCAUCAAGGUGGACAAGGGGACCGUGGAGCUCGCCGGGACGAACGGGGAAACCAGCACUCAGGGUUUCGACUCCCUGGGCGCGCGGUGCAAGGAGUACUACACGGCCGGCGCGCGGUUCGCCAAGUGGAGGGCGGUGCUGAAAAUCGGGCCCACCGAGCCGUCGGAACUUUCCAUCCAGCAGAACGCUCAGGGGUUGGCUCGCUACGCCGUUAUCUGCCAGGAGAAUGGGCUGGUUCCGAUCGUGGAGCCGGAAGUCCUCACCGACGGCGACCAUGACAUCAAGAAAUGUGCGGCGGUUACCGAGACUGUUCUAGCCGCCGUUUACAAAGCUCUCAAUGACCACCAUGUCCUUCUUGAAGGUACCCUCUUGAAGCCUAACAUGGUCACCCCUGGCUCCACCAGCCCAAAGGUUGCGGCAGAAGUGAUUGCUGAAUACACAGUGACGGCACUGCGGCGGACCGUUCCACCGGCGGUGCCGGGGAUCGUGUUCUUGUCGGGAGGACAGAGCGAGGAAGAAGCGACGGUGACCCUAAACGCGAUGAACAAACUUCAAGUGUUGAAGCCAUGGACUCUUUCAUUCUCUUUUGGGCGAGCUCUGCAGCAAAGCACCCUGAAAACAUGGGCAGGGAAGAAGGACAAUGUUGACAAGGCACAAGCCGCAUUCUUGGUGAGGUGCAAGGCUAACUCCGACGCCACCCUCGGCCAAUACGCCGGCGGUAGCUCCGGCGGCGCUGCUUCUGAGAGCCUCUUUGUUUCCGGCUACAAGUAUUAAUUAAUAAUUAGCUACCAAUAAUUUCGAUUAUACACGUUGAUCUACAAAAUUCUGUGUAUGAAUUAUAUAUGACUUUACCCACUUCUCAAAAUGUAUUGAUUUAAGUGAAAAGCAUUUGAAUUUUUAUGAGUUAGUACAUUUUGUAAAUUUA